AUGCCAGGCAAAAGUAAAAAGAAACGCAACAGCAAAGAUUCCACUUCGAGUAAUAAUGGGAAUGGUGAGGAGGGAGAGAAAAAAAAGGAUGGCAAGAAGAAGAGCAACAGCAGCAAGGCGCUGGGAUGCGACAUUUUCAAUGAUGUAGCGAUGGAGAAUGCCUAUUAUGUGUGUCACAAUGUGCAGGAUUUACUCAAGACGCGCGGUUUCGCUUGGCCCGAUGGGCAAAAGAAGAAGAAAAAGGGAAAACGUUAAAAAUUAUUA